AUGUCGAAGUGUUCUGGUAAUCUUCCAGCAACGAUAAGCGUCAGCAGGAAGUGCGCGAACCGCAAGAGAUUGCAGCGGCGGCGGCGGCGGCGCUGGCGGCCAGUUGACGCCUCGCGUGGCGCGAAGUGCCGUCGGCCUGCAGGCCAAGGCGCAUCCGCCAUGCGCGGCCUCGCCGGCAGCUGUUUCUUGGCGCUGGUGCUGCGCGCUGCGAUCGUCACGGUCCAGGCAGAUUCUCCUAACAACGUUUCGCUUCCAGUAUUUUACAAAGUACAUCUUGAAGACUUGAAAAUUCUUCGAGCAACGGCCUAUACACUUUUAAUUCAGGUGACAUCAUGUCGACAGUCCUGCAAUACAGUCAACGUAAAAUUUAAAAUUAAGACAUCUUCAAGUGUGUCGUGGUGGGCUCCUAAAGACGUACGGAUUCACCCUUCUCACAAUGACACCUACAACAUCGGCGGCCUGCUGCCCGACACGCUGUAUUCUGUGCGCGCCUUUAUUAGCCCGCCUGGCACUUACACGAAAACCCUGGUGACCUACACGUGUCCAGAGCGCCCUGCACCGGUGCGCGGCCUGCGCGUGGCGGGGGCGGGGCCGGGCUGGCUGGACGUGCGCUGGGCGCCGCCCGCGCCAGAGGUCUGCGUCAGCGACGUGGAGUACGAGACGCGCUACCGCCCGCGCGGCGGCCUCUUCACGCCGCUGCGCGUCUACGGCGUCGUGCCCGGCCGCCGGCAGGGCUUCGUGCAGAUGCGGCCCGCGCACCCGUGCCCCGCGUGGCCCACGGAGUUCUGCCUGCUGCUCGUGGACGCCGUGCUGCCCGGCCGCAACCACACUAUAGAGGUGCAGGUGCACCGCGUGGACGGCCGGCGCCAGGAGAAGGCGGCCGUGCAGAGCGUGGAAGGCUACGCGGACCCGCGCCCGCUCACGUGGGGCCCGGACGAGGGCGCCCCGGGGGGCCGCGGGCCCCCACCCAGCGGCGGCCCCCACGAGGCCGCCGUGCGCUCCUGGUUCGUCGUCUCCCUCGUGGCGCUCGUGCUGCUCCUUGUCUUCUCCGGGGUCGUCCUCGUCCUCCUGCACAGGUUGGUCACGUGCCGUCUCCCAUCAUACUCAAUCACACGGAUCGCGCGCGAUCUUUCCUUCCUCUUCCUGGCCUAUCCUCACUUCGUAGGACGCUUUACCAAGCGGCAGGGCUCUUCCCACGCCGCCACCGCUGCACGCCACUGUCGCUAUGGAAGGGGGUGGGUUGUGCAGGGGUAGGUUUCGCCGACCCUCCGGUGACG